GUGAGACACUUCUUGGUCAACUGGAAACAAAUCGCCGAGACAUUGAGCUGAGCUUCGAAGAGUUACAAAUGUACGAGGAGACGCAAGACGCCAAUUACGACAGGCCUGCUACUUCAUCCAGUUUUUUUGUUGAGAAACCGGUCUUAUUCUUUUUUUCAGUGUUGGAUCUUCCUCAGAAUUCCGUUUUGAAUGAUUGCUAUAUCUGUAAGUGGGUGGAUAAAUUGCUGUGGGAGUGGUUUAUCAGUUUUUGCGCUGUUUGUUGCGGGAAAAGAGUCAUUUUGGACAACUUAAAGGAAGUGUGCAUCAGUUUGUCCGUAAAACCGGUUACGUUCAUAGAGGGAUUGGCAGCACGUCGUAGGUUGGCUGCAGAAAGAGCUGCUCCAGUUCCAGUGUAUGAUGGAAUGGGACAUAGAUUACCUGUUGGUGGUGGCCAGCCUAUUCCAUCUGAGGCUUCAAAAGUGCAGUCGAAGUCGUGUGCUUCAUCCAGUGCUACUGCACCGCUUUCACCUGAACUUGUUUCCCUUCCCACCAGUUCUGUUCGUUCAGCACGUCGUAGGUUGGCUGCGGAAAGAGCUGCUCCAGCUCCAGUGUAUGAUGGAAUGGGACAUAGAUUACCGAUUGGUGGUGGCCAGCCUAUUCCAUCUGAGUCUUCAAAAGUGCAGUCGAAGUCGUGUGCUUCAUCCAGUGCUACUGCAUCGCUUUCACCUGAACUUGUUUCCCUUCCCACCAGUUCUGUUCGUUCAGUUACGCCAAAUGAUCAUGCGGUCGCGACGCCCACCUCGCUCUCUUCGGAUACCAAUGUUUUGAAUCGUUUUCUUGAUGCGAAUAGUGAGCGAAAAAUAAGUAGACCUGAAAAUCUGAAAGUCGCAAUGACUCAUUCGUGCAGCAGCGACGAUGAAGUGAACAAUAUGGUUGCAACAUAUGAGGAAGAUGUUUCUUCGAACGAGGAACUGGUGAAUAGCGAAUUGGCGCUGCAGCGAAGUUCAAAUACAACGCCGAAAAGCCUGAGAAAGCAAUCGUCUGAUGCUUUUAAAUCACAACCUGAAACACCCAUGGGAUUCUUCUGCCCGGAUCUCUUUCUAUCGUUCGCGCUUCAUCUUGUCAGUUUACUUCUAGCAUACAAAGUCCCAAUGAGCGAUUCUGUGCAAAGUAUUGCCGAUAGCAGGAAGGACGUGGCAUCGAUGAGCGGCGGCAGCGUACAUUCGACAUGUCCAGCGGAUGAUAACGAGGAUGACUUGGAUGCUUGGCUGAAUGAUGUUCAUGACGGUGUUAACAGUAAGAGUUACACUGGUAACAUGGUUUGCAGUUUUACUAUGCUUGAACUUUGUACUUGA